CGUCAGUAAUCACAAGGCACCAUCCACAGAGAAGCCCUUUUGGGAGGCAUCUCCUUUGUCAGCAGCCCAUUGGGUCUUCAGCCCUGCGGAUAAACAACAAGUCCGACGGGGGGCCACUGGCAUCGACCAUGACUACAACUAUAUAAUGGCUGCCUGGUAGUCUCUCGAGGCAUUGAGACCCUUUCCUGAACAACAGCGUCAAGCAAUCUCCUACCAUCCAUCCAUCCAUCCCCCGAGCACAGCUUCGCCAUGUCCGUCUUUGGCUUGAAACGAAUGCUUGAUCAAAAGCUCAACCCGCCCAAACCACCGACCGAGUCCUUUGCUUCUCGCACAAUUCUAUUGACGGGCGCCACUUCAGGAUUGGGGCUGGAGGCCGCAAAGAAGAUCGCGGCACUCAACGCCGAGAGGCUCAUCAUCACUGCGCGCAAUGAAGCAAAGGGUCAGGCUGCAAAGAAGGAGAUCGAGGAGUUCGUCAAGACUCAAUCAGGUGAUGCCACGUCCAAAAGGACAGAAAUCAUCCCUAUGGUUCUCAACAUGGGCACUUUUGCCGAAGUUCAGAAAUUUGCAGAGAAUCUCAAAUCUGAAUUCCCGGCCAUCGACGGAGCGAUACUGAACGCCGGGAUGAUGAACUCCAAAUAUCUCCAGAGCAGUGAUGGCUGGGAGGAGACGCUCCAAGUCAACACCCUCAGCACUUUCCUCCUUGGCGUCCUGAUCUUGCCCCUCCUCAUCGCAUCAGCAGACUCCGGCAAGAAUAAAGACUACAAGCCACAUCUCACAUUUAUUUCCUCGGGCACUGCGUGGAUCAUCAAACCGCCGCAGAUGAAGACGUAUUUGGACAGCGAAACACCGCUUGAGGACCUGAGUGCGCAAAAGAAUUUUCCCCCCGGGAUCGCUGGCGGCGCAACACAGUAUGGCAGGUCCAAGCUCGUGCUCGAGUACGCGGUGCGCCAUCUGGCAGCAUCACCUGCAGUCAAGGGUGUUGAUGGCAAACCCAAAGUCAUCAUCAACACUGCUUGCCCGGGCCUGUGCAAGAGCGACUUGGGACGCAAUGUACGCAUCAACUUCCUCAUCAAGUUCAUCCAGUGGCUCCUCUACAGUAUCUUCGCUAGGACAGCGGAGCAGGGCGCCAAUACCUACAUCACGGCCCUGGUCCGGGGCGACGAGACCCACGGAGAGAUGUGGAAGAAUGAUCGAGUGUUUGAGCCGGGUCCGAUGCUGAAGACUGAAGAGGGAAAGGCAUUCGGUGAGAGGAUGUGGAGUGAGGUACUACAGGUCAUCGCCAAAGCGAACGCCAGCACAAAGGCCUUCUUUGGUUAAGCAUCGACUCUUUUCUUUACUUCUUUGUCGGAUUUUCAAGGCCAGGCGGUUGGCGAAUAUUCAAGAGGUCUGUUCAGCUGAUACAAAGCGGCCAUCACUGGAUCAUCUCCGCCGCUGAGUCGAAGACGGGGCACGCCAAACAUUUGGGCCUGAUUGUUAUGGGAGCUAGCUCGGGUGAAAUUGGGAUCAGCGCCCUCGUCGGAUCUUCGGCGAUGCUGCCAAUGGCAAAACGGACCGGAUUGAAGCCGAUCAUGUUGUCGCCACUGCACUCAUCUUCGCGGUCGCAGCAGGGUGCCAAUAUCAGAGGAUAGCAAGAGCAUGUAUUCCACAUCCCGUUCUAAACGCG